CCCGCCCCGCUACCAGGCCCCGCCCCCGCCCAGACUAUAAAAGCGCUGGGCUUUCCUGCCUGCGGUGAAAGUUUCCGUCCUCGCGGCUCCAGCACCCAGGGUCCCGCCUGUCACCGCUGUGCAGGCCCGGACGCUGGGCCAACACCUGUGGCUUCAUGUGUGCGCGCCACCGCAUCUGAAGUCACAUCCACAGCCACCUCGGCCCCGGAAUCCAUGCUGAGGUGGCUCCAAGCCUCAUCCACAUCUGUGACCCUGCACACCUGGUCACCCCUGUGACACCUGGCCACGCUACCUGUGGCCACGACUGACCCCUGACUCAGAACCUUGACCUUCCCUGUUGCAAAGGGCACAUCCCCUCACCGCCCCAACCCCGACCCGACCUCGCAGCCGACGACGCCAUGGCCGCGGCCCCUGAGAGGGCAGCGCAGCGCGUGCGCUUCGGAGAGUGGCUUCUGGGCGAGGUCAGCAGCGGCCGCUACGAGGGGCUGCGGUGGCUGAACGAGGCGCGCACUGUCUUCCGCGUGCCCUGGAAGCACUUCGCCCGCAAGGACCUGGGCGAGGCCGAUGCACGCAUCUUCAAGGCCUGGGCAGUGGCCCGAGGGAGGUGGCCACCCAGCAGCAGUGGGGGUGGCCCACCGCACCCCGAGGCUGAGGCUGCCGAACGAGCGAGCUGGAAAACCAACUUCCGCUGUGCGUUGCACAGCACGCAGCGCUUCGUGAUGCUGUGGGACAACUCAGGGGACCCGGUUGACCCACACAAGGUGUAUGCGCUCAGCCUGGAGAAGGGGUGCAGAGAAGGCCCAGCCAUGAACCAGGAGGAGGAAGAGGCCCUCAGAACUGCCUUGCCCACACAGGUUCUGCAGCAGAGUUUCCUGGGGGACCCCCUGCUGGAAGCUGCACUGGUAGUAGCAGAUCCGAUCACCCUGCCACAGGCUCCUGGCACAGUGCAGCCUGAGCCGCCACCUGCAGGAUGGGCAGUGGAGCCUGUGCCCUGCCCUAGGCCUCAGGCCCCAGCCCUGGCAGCAGAGUCCAGCUCAGGGGUCCUGGAUGUGACCAUCAUGUACAAAGGGCGCACGGUGCUGCAGGCAGUGGUGGGGCACCCCAGCUGUGUGUUCCUGUACAGCCCCCCAGGCCCAGGCUGCCAGGCCCUACAGCCCCAGCAGGUAGUCUUCCCCAGCCCUGCCGAGCUGCCAGACCAGAAGCAACUGCGCUACACGGAGCAGCUGCUGCAGCACGUGGCCCCUGGGCUGCAGCUGGAGCUGUGUGGUGUGACACUGUGGGCCCGGCGCAUGGGCAAGUGCAAGGUGUACUGGGAGUUGGGCAGCCCGCUGGGUUCCGCCAGCCCCUGCACCCCAGCCCGGCUGCUGGAGCGCAACUGCAACACCCCCAUCUUCGACUUCAGCACCUUCUUCCGAGAGCUGGGGGAGUUCCGGGCCAGGCGGCGCCAAGGCUCACCCUACUACACCAUCUACCUGGGCUUCGGGCAGGACCUGUCGGCCGGGAGGCCCAAGGAGAAGAGCCUGGUCCUGGUGAAGGUGGAGCUGAGACUGUGCCGGCUGCACCUGGAGCUUGUGCAGCGUGAGGGUACGUCCUCCCUGGACAGCAGCAGCCUGGGACUGUGCCUGUCGAGCACCAGCAGCCUCUACGACGACAUCGAGCACUUCCUUAUGGAGCUGGAGCAGCCAGCUUAGGGUGGAACCUCUGCCCCCAAUAAAGAGCCAGUGUUGCCGUGA